GUCACGUUCGUAAGCUCAAGAUGGCUCCUCUAGCGGAAGAACACUUCAGUUCAUUACAGCUCCUGUUAAAGGCUCCAUCCAAAGAUGUUGUGCGACAGAUAUGCGUGGACAGUUUCCCCUCGCGAGCGCACGAGUCACAGAGUCUGGUGGACGGCACCGCUCGAGCCCUGUCCGUGUCCAGUGCCGAGGCCAUGCAGGUGCUGACGGCAUUUCAUCUGCUUUCACAUCAUGUGGUGUUCCACGGUUUUACAGCACCAGAACAAAUCCAGUCUGUUUUCCCGGCCACAUUCCACUCGAACCUCAAAAACCUCAUCACUAAGAUCCUGCUAGAGCAAAGCGUGACAUGGAGAAACGAGGCUUUGUCCAGUCAGAUCUCUUUGCCACGGCUCGUAGAUUUGGAGUGGAGGGUGGACGUGAAGGCGGCGUCGGACUCCGUUAGCCGCAUGGCUGUGCCUACCUGCGUCCUGCACAUGAAGAUCCAAGACGGAGGCAAUGUGAGCAGCAGCACGAGCGAGUCUUCAGUCACUGUGGAACUCAGCAAAGAAACUUUGGACACGAUGCUAGACGGCCUGGGACGCAUCCGAGACCAGCUCUCCGCCGUGGCUGGGAAAUAAGACCCACACGUCAUUAACUUUUUUUUUUUUUUUCUUUUUCCUAAAAGACCGGGUAUGAAUUGAGAUACAUGCUGGAGUCUUUAACAGCCAGUUAAUAAUCCCCAGCUGUUUCUAACCGUCGUUACCAAAAGCGCCAAUAAUUCUGGACCUGACUGUAUAUUUUUAACUUGGUGAUUUAUGUAAACAAAUUAAAAGCACUGCAUUUGGAAGAAACUGAUUCGUUCAUUCCAUCCUUCCAGCUAAGGUACAUACGGCAUGUUUAAAUAAAAAAAUUAAAUAUACUGUACAGGAUCUAUUGCAAUAACAUCCAAAGAGCAAAUUACACUUAAUUUUAUUUAGUAGUACAGUUUUAUUUAAAAUAUGUAUAAAUUGUAGUCUAUAAGUUGAUUGUAACUUUGAUUGUAACACACUUGCCGUAUAUAACAGAAACAGUUCAUGAUUUCUCUGCCACGUUUACAGAAAGUGCUUGGAAUUGUUUUUCUAUAGUCAUAAAAAUCCAGCUUUAAUCACAGAGGGUCCUCGGCUCGGGGACACUAAACUACGGAUCGGGAAGCUGUACACGUGCGCCUGGUUAGGACCGGCCCGAUAAAGGAUCUGAUCCAACCCACUAAAAGUUCUCAAUUUAAAACAAAACAUUACUUUUGUUUACUGUAACAGAGUUGAACGAUUUAAAGAACGCGCUAAUCUCAGUUACUGCACUAGAGAUUAAAAUAGAACCAUAAAAAUAAUUAAAAAUCAACUAAUAUCAAAAAUGUGCAAGUAAACAAUUUAAUAUUUACAGUGAUCCUGAGUACUGAAACCAUCACUUCUGCUUGCUGUAAUGAACUCUGUUCAUCUGUUUUAUGUUUAAAGCUUCAAUUUUUAUAUAUUUUUUUUGAAUGGGGCUUGUUUCAUUGUUCUCCAGUCUGCGUUUUUUCUAAUAAUUUCUUACACUGUGUGGGCAGCGUACGUAUAUAUGGUGUUUACAUCAUGGUCUGUCCGAGUACUCGAUUCUGAUUGGCUGGAAGGUGCGCGUUCAAACCGUAUAAUGCACAAGUCAGUUUAAAUCACCGUUCGAAAUGUAAUAGGACUGAAUAUGUCAUGCGCUCUCAAUUCGCCUCGGGACCAAAAAACAAACCUGAAAAAUCUCAAAUGUAAAUGGAGAAAUAAUAAUAAUAAUUAUUAUUAUUAUUAUUAUCAGUGGAGAAAGUAGUUCUGUCCUGUCUGAAAUAUUUUGAAGGGGAUUUCUGGCGCAGUAACACAAAGGACUCUUUGGUG